AUUAUAAAAUAGUGUAAUUUCCAAAAAUAAGUAUCAUUUUGAAUUUCAAAAUAAAGUUGUCAACGAUGAAAAAUCUUACAUAUAUAAGUAUAACUUGUUUUCUUUUAUUAUUGGAGAGUAUUUCUUGCAAAAAUUUCAAUCCAGACAAUGUAACAUUAACAAUUGACCAAGGAACAUUAUUCGGAAAGAAAUCACUCGAUCUCAACAAACAGAAUUAUUAUAGUUUCGAAGGAAUACCAUAUGCAAAAACACCAAAUGGAACUUUACGAUUCAAAGCACCACAACCAGCAGAACCUUGGCCAGAAAUUUUAAAUGCCACAGGUACUUUAAGAGUGUGCCCGCAACCAUCUUACGAGGAUUACAAUGAUGAAGAUUGUUUAUUGUUAAAUAUUUACUCAAAAAUGAGUGAUAAAUUGCAACCAGUAAUGGUUUUUAUCCAUGGUGGAGGAUUCGUCUCAGGUGGUAUAAACUACUUGUAUAGAUUAUAUUUCGGACCAGAAUUUUUGAUCCAGGAGGAUGUUGUUGUAGUUGAAAUACAAUAUCGACUUAAUAUUUUUGGAUUUUUAAGUUUGGAUGAUCCAAAAUAUGACAUACCUGGUAAUGCUGGAUUAAAAGAUCAGGUAAUGGCAUUGAAAUGGAUACAAAAAAAUAUAGCAGAUUUUGGCGGUGAUCCGAAUAGCGUAACAAUAUUUGGUGAAAGUGCUGGUGCGGCUUCUGUUCAUUUAUUAUAUUUAUCUCCAUUAGCUAAAGGAUUAUUUCACAGAGCUAUAGCUCAGAGUGGCGCAGCAACUAAUCCAUGGGUAACAUCUCCAAAUAAAGCACUAGAAUUAGCCGAUGCUUUGGAAUGUCCUAAUAAAACAAUGGAUGCAAUAGUGGAAUGCAUUAAUGGUACAGGAAUGAAUUAUUUAUUAUCUCGUGGCUAUUAUCAUUUAGUAGCUAAAGAUGCACAAGCGCACUUGAGAAAUGGAGAAUUUAUAUCAUUUAAUUCAUUAACAAUUGAGAAAGAGAAAUCAGAAUCAUUUAUCAGUAAAAAUCCUGUAGAUAUAGCAAAAAAUGGAGAAUUCAAUAAAGUUCCUAUCAUUAUGGGUUUUAAUUCUGAUGAAGGAUACGGAUUUCUACACAGUAAUCCAGUAAGAGCUAACUUUAAGGAUUCAAGAGAUUUAAUACCAAAAGAUUUAAAGGUUGAUUUAAAUUCAAGUGAAGCGCUAAACUUGGGUAAACGCAUACAAGAAUUUUAUUAUGGGAAUGUGACACCAUCAUAUGAAAAUAUUGAUCCAUUCAUUGAUCUCCUGACCGAUUCAUUGUUUGUGCAACAAAUUUACAAUUUUGCAAAACUUCAAUCCAAUAAAUACGAAAAUGUUUACUUUUACCACUUCGAUUACUGGACUGAUUUAAAUACACAAAACACUUAUUUCAAUACAACAAGAAAACUUGUCUCACACGGCGAUGAUCAAGUAUACAUGUUGCAUAAUAAAAUGAAAAACUAUAAACCAGGAGAUGUGAAUAUUGCCAUGGCAAUUCAUCGUAUGGUAAAGCUAUGGACAAACUUUGCCAAAACUGGUAAUCCAAAUGUACAAAAUGAUCCAUUUUUAAAUGUUACUUGGUUGCCAAUACAAACGAAUAAAUUUAAUUAUUUACAUAUAAAUCCAUCACUUGAGUUGAAAGUAAAUCCAAAUGAAGAACGUAUGAAGUUUUGGGAAAAUAUUUAUGCAGAAUAUAAUUCAAUAAAUUAACAAAAUUAA